AUGGCAACUCUGGACCCCAAGCAGAGGGUGAACAUAGAUGAACCGCGUUAUGACCAGAACACGUACUUCGGUCGGGCUAAACACUUUUUCAUCACCACAAAUCCUCUGAAUCUAUUUGUCAGUGACACCGAGCUAGAGAAAUCUAGGAAAUUGGUGCAGCUCUAUAGACAGGGCAAAGAACCAGAAGGUCUGACGUUGAACGAAUUAUGGAGGGCGAAAAAUAUUUACGAUUCGGCUUUCCAUCCUGAUACUGGUGAAAAGAUGAUUCUAAUUGGCCGAAUGUCAGCUCAAGUUCCCAUGAACAUGACCAUUGUUGGUUGCAUGAUGACGUUUUAUAAAUCGACGCCAGCUGUCAUUUUCUGGCAGUGGUUCAAUCAGUCGUUCAACGCUGUCGUCAACUACACGAAUAGAAGCGGCGAUUCGCCCAUCUCAAUUAAGACGCUAUUAGUUUCGUAUGUGGCGGCCACUGGCGGCGCUCUCUCGGCCGCACUUUUUUUCAAUAAAGCCGUGAAGACCAUGCAUCCGUUAGUAGGGAGGUACGUUCCAUUCAUUGCCGUGGCCUCUUCAAACGCCAUCAACAUCCCGUGCAUGAGGAAUAGGGAAUUGUUUGAGGGAAUUCCCGUUCUGACGGAAGAUGGCGAGAGAGUUGGCGAGUCGAAAGCUGCAGCUCGCAAGGCAAUCAUCCAGGUAACUCUAUCAAGGAUCCUGAUGGCAUCUCCUGGAAUGAUUUUCCCACCACUGCUAAUGGCUAGACUGGAUAAAACACUACUGAAAAAAUACCCCAUGCUCGCUGCCCCAAUACAGAUUGGUCUCUGUUUGGUCUUUGCGACACCAAUGUUUUGCGCGCUCUUUCCCCAGAAAAGCUCCAUAUCAGUGGAUAAAGUGGAGGAUGAGAUAAGAGAGAGACUGAGAGGUAGGGAGGGUGUCAAGUAUCUCUACUUCAACAAGGGUCUAUAA